AUGGCAUCUUCCGACGAUCAGUGUGAGGUACCCGAGCUGCUUACCCGCUUUACUAGCUGGAAGCAUCCUCAGACGGCCCACAUAUUCCAGUACUCCAGACAGAGCUGUGACCGCUCACUCAAGGAAGUCUCUCAAAAUGAAGUUAUCUCGCGCAAUGGCGAAUUUGCCGCAUGCGGAGGUCUCUACGGAAGCUGGGUCUACCCCGGUGGCGACGCUGAGAGGAUCAAAGUCGUUGCCGACUUUUAUUCAGCCUGGGUCUUUCUAGAUGAUCUUAUCGACAAUAGCAUUGACAUGAAGUAUACAUGCGAUGUGCUUGACGACAUCAAGGCCCGGGUGACAGGUCCUCUCAAGGGAGAUGAAGGCCUCGACCAUUUGUUCAGGCUUUGGAGCCACGAGGGCUGGAACAGCGAACUCCUCCAGCUCGCAAAGGCUGAAAUAGAUCUCUGGCUCCAUUGUACCCAGGCUCUUCGCAAGAUUGAAGUGGAACAAGAACCGGUCUCCGUGGAGGAAUACUUGACCUACAGGCAAACCAACGCCGCCAUGGGUCUCAUGUUCCUCAUCAUGCCAUUCACGAGACCUGAUCUUGCCGACGACCUCCUUCGGCUGCGCAAAUGGUCGCCGGAUACCCUCAAGAACAUUUUCAGCUACAGCGGCCGAAAUAUGGGCGUCAUUCUCGACCUCUACAAGCUCAAUGCCCACCAUGCGCAGAUCACGGAAUACAGCCACAUCGCUGCAAUUGUCCAACAGAACUCCGACAUCCGCAUGGACUUCCAGCAAGCUGUUGACGCCUCGGCUGAGAUCUUCCAUGAGUAUGAGGACAAGCUUGCCGUCGAGUUUGCCAACGUCGCUACCUUGAGCCCUCGACUCGCCAAAGCGUUAGAGGAUGUUCACGCCGGUAGCAUUGCUUGGCUCAACCUAAUGCGCGGUCGCAGAUACGUCAAGAAGACCCAGUCACGACGUCGCGGCUAUGGCGCAAUCAUCGCUGCGAUCAUCAUCUGUGGGCUCCUCCUGGCUGUUGUUCUUAUUAUGUGGCUAUGGCCUUCUUUGUGGUUCCAUUAUGUUCCGGUUGGAGGCAGACAGAUCUUUGCGGAGAUGUAA